AUUAUUCUUCUGUGAGCCUGCGUAGUCAAGUUUUGCUCACAGAUMAUUUAAAAAAGAAAGUGCAAAAGUGUGGCAUUAAGAGUGGGACCAGAUAGAGUGAAAYUUAAAGCUGACUUGCACUUUCAGAGAACUCAGGCCAAAAGGAAAAAAAAUCACAAAUUAUUUGCCAUGGAUCAAACUGACCAGAGGACCUCAACCUACAUGGUUUGCCUGGAGGUGCUGGAAAAGCCAGUGAACAUUGUGAGGAUUCUGGAGGUCCUCUUCUCAUGUGUCACUUUCAGYUUGGUGGCAUCGGUGGGCUACACCACGGACUCCUUUUGGACGUGGUGCAUGUUCUCCUGGUGCUUCUGCUUCUGCGUCACCAUCCUCAUCCUCAUCCUGGAAUUCACCGGCCUCGCCCCAAAGCUGCCCCUCUCCUGGUUCGACUUCACCGCCGCCUUUUCUAUGUUUGCUACCCUGAUGAUAAGUGCGUCAUCCUUCAUCUACAGCCUCUACUUCGCUUGUUUGAUCUGCGGCAGAGAGAUUGCUGCCUGCAUUUUCUCCUAUCUGACCUUMAUCCUUUAUUCAAGAGAGGUUAAAAUGAUUCGAACAUCAUCUGAGAUCAGUGGAUUUCUUUCAWCUGUUCCAGGUCUGCUCAAAGUCCUUGAGACCUUUGGAGCCUGCGUCAUCUUCAUCUGUCUGAGCUACAUUUACACCUGGGUGAAACUAUACCCAGGGCUGCAGUGGUGUGUUGCUGUAUAUUCAGUUUGCUUUAUUAUUUCUUUCCUUGUCAUUAUUUUAGCCAUCGGACGGUUGUUGACUAUCUUCCCWGUACCUAUUCAAAAAAUCCUGACUGUCUGCAAUGUGGUGGCAGUGCUGAUGUACAUCACAGCUGUGAUCAUCUGGCCUAUGUACAGCUUCAAAAACAAUCCCAGUCCAUGUUCAGGCGUUUACUGUCCAUGGGAUUUGUUGGUUACUAUUACUUUCAUGACCAGUUUCAACCUGUUUGUUUACAUUGUAGACAUGAUUUGUUCCUUCAGGUUGGUUUUUAUCACUGUGGAAUCAUAAACAUGUCCUGUUCAAUGCUUUUUUUAAUUGUAAGUCAUUCAACAAAAGCACAUUUCCUUUUCCUUUCUUUACUUGACUUCAAUCUAGGAAUGCAUCUACAAUUCAGUUUAACAGA